AUGACGACAGCAGCAGUCUUCGGCUGCACAGGAGCAGUUGGCUCCCAGAUUCUGGAAACUCUCCUCGCGACAGAUGCAUUUUCAACAGUGAAGACUAUCUCUAGGAGACUUCCAAAAGCACAGUCAGCUAAGCUGCAGGCCCUCGAGGAAAGCGACACCUCAAAAUGGGGUAGCAUGAUCUCAUCUCUGUCCCCCAAGGUAUUGACGGUUUUCAAUGCGGUCGGGACUACAAAAGCGACUGCCGGUAGUAUCGAGAAUCAGUGGAAGAUCGAUCAUGAUUUAUGUGUGGAGAACGCGCGAGCAGCUAAGGAGGCAGGAGUAAAGACGUAUGUUUAUGUUUCUAGUGGAGGCACUAGAAGUCUUCUCUGGGGCUGGGUUCCAUACUCGAAGAUGAAGGUUGGCGUCGAGGAUACCAUCAAGGAGCUUGGUUUCGAUAAUGCUAUCAUUCUGAGACCGGGGAUGAUUAUCGGUAGGGAGGAAUCUAAGGCCUUUCUUCUAGAAAAGUUUGUGGAGGGCCUUCAGAAACUGGGACAGAGUGUCCAGGAUAAAGUUGGUCAAAAUCAAACGACUAUUGGUAGAGCAGCUGUGGCAGCUGCUCGUAUGGUCGAAGAAGGAAAAGCCCCGUCGAAAUACUGGGUUCUGGAACAGGCUGAUAUUGUUAGGCUUGGCAGAGAUGAGUGGAAAGAGUAA